AUGCACGACGAUGACGAUCCUCGGCCGAGCUCCACAUCUGUCGUCGCAACUUUGAGGCACAGUCCACGAUUGCUCCUCCGCAAGUCCGCCAGCGCCCUCAAGGAGCCCGCUCAAAGUCCAGAUAUCUUUGCUCGAGGACCAGGACCUUCCCUGCGACCAUCGACUCGCCUCCAGACCAGGAAUACCAGUGCUAGGAUGCUCAACACACGACCCAAAAAGACUACCCGACAGCAACAACAGCAGCAACAGCAGCAUCAGGGUCGAUCCCAGUUAUCACAAUAUACCAAUGGUGCCAGUCACCACAAAGACGACAGCACCCUCACAACGACCACUACCACAACUACAACCACCACAACUACUACCACAACAUCGACGACAAUGUUAACGACCACAGCUACGCUCUUGGCGCUCGCAGCCGGUCGCUUGAACUCGACCGACAUCACUAUGGACGACGGUCCAGUCCAGACGAGGUCGUCCCGAGCAUCAUCCUCCAUCACCAAUGAUCAUUCGGCUACCAUUAUCGUCACAGAGCCAUCAACGUCAUUAUCCACGAAUACCUCGACACCGACCUCCAGGAUCCAUGCGGCCUCUGGUCAGAGGCCAACUUCAAUUUCGACCGAGGACACAGCCGGACCCAGUACUACAGGAGCUGAGAGACGUUCUCGUGCGACCACCCGAGCUUCAUCUCACACAAGAGAAGCGGCCCCAUCGAGAGCGAGUAGACCGCGUGCGCGCACUAGAGCUCGGGCAGCAAAGGCAAUCAAGGUGCCAGGAGAAGGCGACGAGAAAUCAGACGAGGAUGACGACGACGAAGAUGACGCUCGAAUGCGAUACCACCUGCGACCACCAUCUCACCACCGACGCCACAGGUCAUCCCAAAAGUCGGUACCGCAGGAGACAACGACCGAGACGGUGCUCACUUCGCAUACCCCUCGCCUGACUCGUUUGGGGGCCCGACACGAGUCUGGGCAUGAUCUGGAGGAGGACGUUGACCAGGAGCGACUCCACUCCAACCGUCAUUUGGAAAAUUCAGCAGGCGAGCUCAACCAACCUCACAGCAGGAGAUCACGGUCGGCGACCAGCUCCAGUAGUCAGGAUAGUCAGGUUUCAAAGAGCAAGAGGCAGACAGGAACAUAUUCGCCCUCAGGAUCGCAUGUGACACCGAGAAAGAUCAAGAAGACCCCCGACCAUCAUGAGGUGCCUUCGCUUCCUCCCAGCCGCCGCCGACUUCGUGCCCGAACAACCAAGGUUGCCAAGAUGGGGAUCGACGAGAGCAACGGCGCUUGCGAUGAUGAGGAGGAAGAUGAAGAUGAGGAGGAGGAGGAGGAAGAAGAAGAAGAGGAGGAAGAAGAGGUGGUAGACUAUGACGCGUAUACCAGGAAUGACCCAGACGAGGAGAUGCAGGAUGUUGGCAAACCCUCGCCUAAGCUACAGACUCGCCAACCAGUAUCAGAAGACGCGUCUGCAUCCCAUGAUACAGCGGAUGGCUUUAUUGCAUCCAAACCGGAAGUACCAAUGACUGUAGGGGGUCUCAAUCACUACUUGAGUCAACAGACGAUCCAUCACGCCAAGCGAAAGGUCGAGGAUGAGGACAUGGAAGAUGCACCUUCGCUCUCCACAGACGAGGGUCAGGUUGUCAGCACCAAGCUGGCUAGAAUCGAUGAGACCAGCGACGGCGACAGGAACGCGUACCUCAAGACAUUUUACAACAUCCUCAAGAGUCCACGAGGCGAUGAUGACGAGGGAAUUUUAUCGUCAGAAUCCGAUGAUGCCGACCUUGAAUCGGAAGACGACGACGACGACUUUGAAGAAAUCGACGUAUGGGAGUUCAUUGCUACGUUGCCACCAUUGGGCCCUCUCCCGCAGAACUUUAUCUUUACUAUGCCAGAAAGGACCGCAUCUACGCCACCCAUCACACUUGUUUUAGAUAUCGACGAGACCUUGGUUCAUUGUGCCACACGGCCUCUAGAUUCGCCCGAUAUUGUUUUCCCUGUCGAGUACAACCACGAGACUUGGGAAGUGUAUGGCCGAAUUCGUCCCGGGAUGUAUGAAUUCCUUGAGAAAAUGUCGACAAAAUUUGAGGUGAUUACGUUCACUGCAAGUCAGGAGUGCUAUGCUGAAGCGCUUCUCAAGAUUAUUGACCCGGAGAAGAAGUUUAUCAAGCACCGAUACUACCGCGACUCUUGCGUCCCUGUCUUUGGAAACUAUGUCAAGGAUUUGCGGAUUUUGAAUCGAGACUUGUCCAAGGUGGUGAUUAUUGACAAUUCGCCACAGGCGUUUGGAUACCAAAUUUCGAAUGGUGUUCCAAUUGAGUCGUGGUACGACGACAAGUCAGACCGGGAGCUAGCCAAACUGAUGGACUUUUUGGAGACGCUGCAUGGUGUUGACGAUGUGCGACCCAUGAUUGACGAGCACUACAAGUUACACGAGCGGAUCCACAAGACUGUUACCCUGGCCAAUCAUCAUCAGAUCAGCAGCAUGAGCGUACUGGGGAACCUGGGCGCAACGUUGACCCCGCCCUCGGGAUCAACGUCGAAUGUAGGUUCGUCGGACCCGACAUCGACACUGAACAUUUCGGGCAUGGCUACCUCCCAUCCUGGCACCUCAAAUCUGGGAGAGAUGGACGCCACUAUGUUGUACGAUAUGGAGAAGCCACCAUCGCCGUCUGACGAGGAUAACGAGCGAGAGGAGGAGGAUGAGGAGAAGAUCCAGCGUGAGCUGAGGAGCCAGAAGAAAGGAGUGGUCGCAGGGGGAGGAAACGCGUCUACGAUGACGACGCGGUCGAACAGUCAAGCUAUGGAUGCUGCCACGAACCUGGCCAAGAUUUCGCUGUAG